AGCACCUUGAAAUUUUUUCAUAUCUUCUAUUCAAAGUUUUCAACAUUAGUGAAAAUAAAUAAUUACUAUAGUAUGGAACUUUUGCCUGAAGAUUGCGUUGCACACAUUUUAUCAUUUACAUCACCUAUUGAUGUGUGUAGGGUUUCUCUAAUCUCUUCAAUUGUGAAAUCCAUGGCAGAUUCAGAUAAUGUGUGGGAGAAAUUCUUGCCACAUAAUUAUCAAGGAAUUGUUUCUAGGUUGGUGGAUCCCCCAUUGUCGUGUUCGUCAAAGAAAGAAUUACUUGCCAGGUUAUGUAAACCGCAACUUAUUGACGACGGUAAUAAGAUGUUUUCAAUUGAGAAAACAACAGGCAAAAUAUGUUAUUCGUUGAGUGCAAGACAACUUUCAAUUACAUUUGGAAACAACCCUCUACAUUGGUCUUGGAGACAAGUUCAAGGCUCACGGUUUGCAGAAGUUGCUGAACUUAGAACCAUUUGCUAUCUAGAAACUAUAGGGAGCAUAAACAAUGAAAUGUUGUCACCAAAAACAAUGUAUGGAGCAUAUCUAAAAGUGAAAAAUGUGGAAUGUGCUUAUGGGUUAGAUUUGUUACCAUGUAUACGUUCAAACUGUAAAAGAAAUGGGAUUUGCAAUUGUGAGCAUAAAGAUGAAUGGUUGGAGAUUGAGUUAGGGAGUUUCUACACUGAAAAAGUUCAAGUUCAAGAGGUGAGAAUGUGUCUCAAGGAAGUCAAUGGUGUGGACUUUAAAGGUAGAUUAAUUGUUGAUGGAAUUGAACUAAGACCCAAAACUUAUAGGUUGUAACAUUUUUAUAUGAUAUUUUGGAUGGAAAAAUGUUAGAUAAUAGUAUUUAUGUUAGUUUUUAUGGUCAGAAUUAUGAACCUCCAAUUUCUUGUUCGAUUUAUUAUUGUUAAUUUCUCAUGCUUUAAAAA